AUGGAUGAAUAUGAUGUGAUUAAGGCAAUUGGGGAAGGUGCCUUCGGGAAAGCAUAUCUGGCUAAAGGAAAAACAGAUAACAAGCACUGUGUUAUAAAAGAGAUCAAUUUUGCAAAGAUGCCCAUCCAAGAGAAAGAAGCUUCAAAGAAAGAAGUCAUUCUUCUGGCAAAGAUGAGGCACCCCAACAUUGUAACCUUCUUCAGUUCAUUUCAAGAAAACAACAGUUUAUUUAUUGUGAUGGAGUAUUGUGAUGGGGGGGAUCUCAUGAAGAGAAUCAGAAGCCAACGGGGAAUGUUAUUUAGUGAAGAUCAGAUUCUGGGUUGGUUUGUACAGAUUUCUCUAGGACUGAAACAUAUUCAUGACAGGAAGAUCUUACACAGAGACAUAAAAGCACAGAACAUUUUUCUUAGCAAGAAUGGAAUGAUUGCAAAGCUUGGGGACUUUGGCAUAGCAAGGAUCCUGAACAAUUCCAUGGAACUGGCUCGAACUUGUGUUGGAACGCCUUAUUACCUGUCCCCAGAGAUCUGUCAGAAUAAACCCUACAACAAUAAAACGGAUAUUUGGUCUCUUGGAUGUGUCUUAUACGAGCUCUGCACACUCAAGCAUCCUUUUGAGGGUAACAACUUACACCAGCUGGUUCUGAAGAUUUGUCAAGCUCAUUUUGCCCCAAUAUCUCCAAGGUUUUCUCGUGACCUACAGUCCUUGAUAUCUCAGCUAUUUAAAGUGUCUCCCCGAGACCGACCAUCUAUUAAUUCCAUUCUGAAAAGGCCUUUUUUAGAGAAUCUUAUCGCCAAAUACUUGUCUCCUGAGGUCAUACACGAAGAAUUCAGUCAUGCGCUCACACAGAGAAUGAGAUUUUCAGCUCCACGACCUCCUGGGAAGAUGGUCCAGAAAUGUGAUUCUAAAGUACAGAAAGUGAGAUGCCAGGGAAAGUGCCCACCAAGACCAAGGAUAUCAGUGCCAAUAAAAAGGAAGGACAUAUUACAUAGGAAUGAAUGGAGACCACCAGCUGGAGCCCAGAAGCCUCUAUCUAUAAAAAUGGUAGAAAGGCCCCAAAUCGCUGCUAUGUGUGGACAUUAUGAUUGUUAUUAUGCUCAACUUGACCUGUUAAGGAAGAGAGCCCAUGAACCAAGUUAUCAACAUGUUCCUCGAAAAUAUACCAGCGUUGAGAAUUAUAAUCAAGAAGAAAGCCACAGUCCAUCACCAGGCCAAUGGUCUGCUGAGUACCUGCAGAGGAAAUUCGAAGCUCAACAAUAUAAGUUAAAAGUGGAAAAACAAUUGGGUCUUCGUCCAUCUUCUGCUGAGCCAAAUUGCAACCAAAGACGGGAGCUAAGAAGGAAUGGAGAAGAGUCUAGAUUCCAGGAACUGCAGCUCGGGAGAAACCUGAAGGAACAGGAAUAUUGGAAGCAGUUAGAGGAAAUACGCCAACAGUAUCAUAGUGAUAUGAAGGAGAUUAGAAAGAAGAUGGGGAGAGAACUGAAGGAGGACCCAAAAAUAAAUCAUAAAACCUAUUUGGUGAAGAAAAGUAACUUGCCCAUCCACCCAGAAGCUCCUGAGGAAGAAUCACCUGUGCAGGAAAGUGAAAGAAACUUGAACCAUAUUAGGCUUCAGGACAUAAAGGAAAGUAAAAUUCCAGAACAGAAAUAUAAAGCUAAGAGAGGGGUAAAGUUUGAGAUUAAUUUAGAUGCAUGUAUUUUUGAAGAAAAUACCCUAGAAGAGAAAGAGGCAAUGGACAUACUAAAUGAAACUUUGACCUUUGAGGAUGGUGUGAAGUUUAAGGAAGAUAAAUUUAUGAAGCAGCAUGAAGAGUGUCCUGACAAAGCAUCUGAAAAACUCUUUUGCUCAGGAGCAGAGCUGCCCACUCAGGAAGCUGCUGCUGCAGAAAACAAGAGACAAUGGGAUGCUGGAGCUCCACAGACCUUGCUGCAAAUGAUGGCAGCGGCCGAUGUCACCUCCAUCUUUCCCAGCAAACCUGCAGGUGAAACUAUCAUCAUGGGAACAUUAAAACAAUGUCUUCCUAAAGAAGAUGAAGACAAGGUAGAAACAGCCUCUGGCAUUGACAUAGAUGAAGAACAGCUAGGACCAAGAUCUGAUGAUGAUGAUAUAAAUUUUGAAGAUUCUGAGGAUGAGUUGAGAGAUGUAGUGGAAUCCCUAGAAAAACUCGCUAUUUCCAAAGAGGAAGAAAGAGAAGAAGUUUCAGGUUUCUCUAAGGAUGCUGAAGAGUCAGGAGAAAGAGAAAGGACAAGCAUUCAGAAAUAUGAAGAGUUGAAGGAAUGUUUGGAGAGUAUUUCUGCUGCAUCCAGUGCUCCAUCUAACCCCAUUGAAAUGAAUGUUGUUGACGAAGUCCAAGGAGCUUCAAUAACCAGUCAAAAUACACAACUGUGA